AUGGAGAAACCCUCGCAGUUUCCAUUUCUGGAUAGCCACGGCGCUGUGCGCGCCAGCAACGCUUGCCCGGUGGAUACAGACGGCCCUUCAUUAGAGUUGGUGGCCUGGAUUUGGGCACGGUUAUUGAGCUCCAUUACAGUCGACCAAUCCCCAGUCUUUCUUUUAAAUGGAUCGGUAAUCAAAGUUGAUCUAUUUGCUCGUAGCAUUCAUCCUGCAAACUGCCAGACAUUGUCGGUGAUACCUGGGAUCCCUACAAAGUUCACCGCGGUGGUCGUAGGAGACUACUCUCCAAACACACUUGAUUCUACUUCUCUUCUGACGUGGUUCGUCAAUCCAACAGCUCAAACGAGCAUCUUGCAUUCUACUACAGACAUGGGGACUGCAACGGUACACCAAAUGAAUAAUCGCCUUACCAACUUAAUUCAAGAGCAGACAAAGUCAGGGUUACAGGUAGAACUGUCUGUCUCUGAACUUCCAGCCAUGUCUGUCUCCAACCCGUCACCAUGCAUUCUACCGGGCUCGCAACUCCUCCAUGAGCUGGCUCUUGGUGGGUCUUACGACCCUAGCGACUCCAAUCAUGCUGUUGAAUUUCUGGCCGCAGAUGGAAACAUUUGCUGUUUAUCAUACCGUUCUUUGGAUCAGCUAUCAUCAAAACUUGCGGCAAAAAUAGCCCAAGCUGCAGCACAAACCAAUGCCACGGGAAAAAUGGUGGUUCCUGUACUUCUACCGCAAUCACUGGAGCUGUAUAUUACUUGGCUGGCGGUUCUUAAAGCAGGUGGUGCCUUUUGUCCGUUGAACACCGAUGCACCCCCAGAACGGAUAGAGUUCAUUCUUCAAGAUGUAGCUGCAUCUGUGAUGAUCACACAAGGUACUUUGGCGACUAGAGUGCCUCGCAAUGUAUCUGUAACCGUGAUCAAUACGGACGGGAUCCUCGAGACAGUGGACGAGGACGAGAAAUAUCAGGAGGAAGGACAGAGAGCAACGAACCCUUAUUUAUACUCUGAAAUUUUGCCAUCUAAUUUGGCCUAUGUGAUGUAUACAUCUGGUUCAACUGGUCGACCAAAAGGCGUUGGAAUUUCGCAUCGCGCAGCCACUCAAUCUUUGCUUGCGCAUAAUGACUUGAUACCCCCAUUCAAUCGAUUUUUGCAAUUCGCAUCACCUACAUUUGAUGUUUCCGUUUUCGAAGUUUUCUUUCCUUUCAUGCGGAGGGCAACCCUCAUUGGUUCAGACAGGGAACAAAUGCUUCUAGAUAUCUCCCAUGUGAUGACUGAGAUGAGAGUCGACGCUGCCGAGUUGACACCCACCGUAGCGGGAGAAUUGCUGCGAACUCGUGCGGCUGCACCUUCUCUACGAGUUUUGUUGACUAUUGGCGAAAUGCUCACAAAACACGUGGUGGAAGAGUUUGGUGGCACUGCUCAUUCAGAUGGCAUCUUGCAUGGAAUGUACGGUCCGACAGAGGCGGCGAUCCAUUGUACUGCUGCAACCCAUUUUCAGUCGAGUUCUGUUGUCAACUUGAUUGGCAAGCCAUUCAAAACAGUCUCUGCUUUUAUCAUGUCUUUGGAACCAGAAGACAAAUCAAUACCCCAUGAGCUCGAAACGAUUCCUAUGGGGGAGAUUGGUGAGCUUGUUGUUGGUGGCCCGCAGCUAGCAGAUGGCUACAUCAAUCGACCCGAGGAAAAUGCCAAGGCUUUUAUUGAAAGCCCCUUAUAUGGCAGACUCUACCGAACUGGCGACAAAGCGCGGAUGUUGCCUUCUGGUGAGAUUGAAUGUUUUGGUCGCAUUUCUAGUGGCCAGGUUAAACUGCGGGGCCAAAGGCUCGAGCUUGGAGAGAUCGAGCAUGUCAUCCUCCGAGCUCCGAAAGUACGAAGUGCUGUUGUCAUUGUGAGCGGUGGAAGCCUCGCUGCGUUUGUAUUGGCCAGCGAUGAAGGGAUAGGCGAUCGUGAACUCCGCGACAUAUGCCGCCAGUGGCUUCCUCGCUUCAUGGUCCCCGGCGAGUUUAUCAUUCUUAAUCAAUUUCCUCAACUUCCAUCGGGCAAAGUUGAUCGCAAAGCACUCGAGGCUCAAUUUGCUCAUCGUCGAUCAGCUACCUCGUCCACAGGCCAGCAGCCAUUCCGUGACGAGGUUGAAGAGACAAUCUCAUCGUGCGUUAGUGAUGUUCUCGACAAGCAACUUUCAUCCAUAGAAAGCCUGGUAUCAGGUGGCCUCGAUUCACUUGCCGCCAUCCGACUAGCCUCACAUCUCUUAGAUGCUGGCAUUCGCCUUGAUGUGGCACAGUUACUAGAUGCCGACUCUGUGGAUGGAAUAUGGAAGCUGGCCAAAGAAAUGGAAGAGACGAAACCAACUGAAGAUACCCAAGCUGGCCUUCACAGAUUACGUCAACUAGUUUCUGAUGCUGGUUCAGCCAAAAUCAAUGCUCUGGGGCUGAGUUCGCAAGUGGUGAACAUCGAACCAAGUACCCAUAUCCAGCAGGCAAUGAUACUGGAGACAGUUCGACACGCUAGGGCAUACUGUAACUGGGUGGAGCUAGAAUUCCAAUCUUCCAUCGGGUCAAUUGCCAUUGAAAAGGCCUUCAAGAAAUUAUUGGAGCGAAACUCUCUUUUAAGAUCUGGAUUCGUUGAGGUAGGUCUCAAGGAUCAAACUUAUGCCCGAUUUACUUGGAAAGUCCUCGAUGAAUGGAAAAUUCAGAGACGACAUGAGUUCAGCUAUGAUCUCUCUUUGGUUACAGAACAUGACCUUCUUCAUCCUUUCCAAAUACAAUUCAAGGAAAAGAAGGAAAAUCUUCGGGUCCUGGUUCAUAUUCAUCAUGCGCUCUAUGAUGGAUGGUCCUGGCAAUUGAUAUUGAAAGAUCUUCAUUGCAUUCUCAAGGGAGAAGAAACCCCUCCCAAGCCUGGUUAUAACAUAGUGACCGACUUUUUUAUUGAGCACAAACUCAGUGGAGCUGCUGAUUCAUCAUCACUAUUCUGGCGUGAUCAACUUCAGGACAUGCCUACUAGUGCUCUUCCCAAUUUUCAUGGUCACAUCGAUACCACAUCUGGUACAUGCGAGGUGAUCGAUGUACUAGACAUUUCCGUGCCAAAACUUCACGAUUUCUCACAACGCCUAAUGGUCAGCCGACAAACUAUCUUUCAGGCCGCCUUUUGUUACAUUCUUUCUACCUAUCUUGGGUCUGAUGACAUUGUUUUUGGUACUGUCUUCUCUGGCCGCACCCUGCCAGUCAAGGGCAUCGAAGUAGUCCUUGGUCCUUGUAUUCGCACAUUACCAACGCGGAUGAAGCUUGACAAGAUGCAAAACGUGGCAGAUCUUCUUCUUGCAAUUCAGAACAUGAAUCGAAAGUCUCUUGAGCACGGAAGCCUCCCCCUUCAGGAAAUUAAAAAGUCAUCCGGAAUCGACCUCCAUGAGAGCCUCUUUGAAACAGCCAUAGUGUGGCAAGAAAGUAUCUGGACCAAUGAUACAAACAGCGCCCAUUUCAAAGAAGUUAGCACAGCGGAGUUUCUUGAGUUUGCUCUUUUGUUGGAGUUCGAACCUAGAGAAGACAGAAUUCAUGCGAAAGCGACUUAUCAGAAUUCUAUCUUCCCCCGAGAGCAAAUCCAGAUACUUCUGGAGCAGAUUGAUAUGGUAGCUUCAAUAAUUAUUGAUUCUCCUAUGCUUCCAUUACAUGAAGUUGGCGCCCAUCUCCCACUGUCGACUUUAUCCAUCUCAAAUCAAAACCCAGAGACGCACAAAUACCGAUCAAGCCUUGUCACCGGAGUUGAGACAACUGCACUGGUUGAACCCACUCGACAGGCUAUCGAGAUUCUGAUUCAAACGAAUGAAGAAACUGUUUCUCCGCGACUUCAAACCCUUAGCUAUGGACAACUGAACUCUCGAGCCAACCGUCUAGCUCAUUAUCUCAUUCAACAGGGAUUGACCAGAUAUCAUUUGGCAGCGGUAUUCCUCGACAAGAGUAUUGAUUCCUAUAUCUCUAUGUUGGCAGUUGCGAAGAUCGGCGCUGGUCUACUGCCUAUUACAUCUCAGACGUUUUCACAAGUUCUAGGAUCAAUUCGAACCUCUGUGGACAUACAACCCUGGAUCAUCCGCCCGUCGACAUCUCAUUAUGGCGCUUUGAACUCUUCACAUUCAUUCUCACAAAUAUUUCUCCCUGUCAACUUUGAUGAUUAUUCUGACGAGAAUCUCCUCACGACUCAUGAUUCCUUCUAUAUGGUUUGCGCCGACGACACCCCUGCCAACAAAGACCUGGCCACCUGCGCAUAUUUGUCUCAUCAUAGCUUGCAAAGCCAUAUCAAUGUUCUCAAGGAGUCCUACCCCACUGCGGUAGGCUCAAAGCUUUUGCAAGCCGCCCCCUCUCCUCUCAACGCCUCUAUUAUGGAGUCUUUCCUUGCAUGGCAUAUGGGAAUUACCCUAUGCUUAGCAUCAACCGAGGAUAUGACAAAAAGGCCAACAUACGUGAUCAACACGAUGAAUGCCACUCACCUUCAUUUAACUCCCACACUGGCUGGUCGCUUGAAGCCCGAUGAUGUUCCAAGUGUUCGGUAUCUAUUAAUUUCCGGUGAAAAAAUGACGGCUCAAGUACGCCAGAGCUGGUCUGGAGCUGGUCUUCAUCACGGCUACGAAACGUUCGGUCUAGCGGGUAUCUGUACUCUGAGUUCAGAUGUGAAGCACUCAACAUCCCUUGGCAACAUUGGCAAACCGCUUGAAAAUACAUCUGUGAUGUUAUUAUCCGAUAAAGACUCAUUUACUUUGGUACCCCGAGGCGCAACUGGAGAGUUGUGCUUUGGCGGCGAUCAAGUUGCUCGUGUGUUUCCCGUUCAUCGUGAUCAAAGUUUUGGAAACUUUGUUGAGCAUCCUCAUCUUGGUCGAAUAUAUCGAAGUGGUGAAUACGGCAGGCUGCUUCCAGAUGGGUCUAUUCUUUUAGUACCCGCAUUGGAUCAAGGAAGCGUGAAAACUCAUUCAACUACAUUCGAAGAGAUUGAUCAUGCCGUUAUCUCGUCAAAAUUUGUUGAGGACACAAAGACCAUGAUUUUGCGCAACCCUCUUACUGCUCGCCAGCAGCCGGUUACGAUUUGGAUACCGUCAUCAACUACUGAGGGAUUCCCCAAUUCUACUGAUCUCGCUCUAAUAUCUCAGGACCUCUUCACGGAGCUCGAUCAAAGACUAGCGCCAUAUUCAAUGCCUACCCUUCUUGUGCCAAUGCAAAACAUGCCAAUGACACAAUUUUUCAAGACUGAUUAUGAUCAAAUUCAGGAGUAUAUUGAGCACAUGAGCCUAGAAGAGCUUGAAUCUUUCUCGCUUGAACGCGACGAAAACACUGAUGGUGAAUUUACUAAUGUGGAAAAGAUUAUUGCAGGAGCCCUGGCGGCGGUGAUCGAAGUUGACAUUCAGAAUAUUAACAAAAACACGUCUUUCUACAAACUGGGAUUAGAUUCUUUGUCUGCGAUAUCUUUUUCACGAAAACUUCAGGAGCUUGAAUGCGGAAGGAUUGCUGUUUCUACAAUCCUGCAUCAUAGCAGUGUUUCACAGCUAGGCCAUGUUAUUACUCUAGGGACUGAUAGCAACCAGCCCCGGCCAAAUGGCCCACAAGCCAGCUCAUUGACAAUAUUCGACGAAGAAUUCAUUAUUGACAUCAAAAAGAACGUCGCAGCUGACCAGAAUUCCUCUGUUCAAGAUGUUUACCCAUGCACACCUUUGCAGGAAGCAAUGUUAGCCGCAGACUCUGAUACGAGUUCUGCCUACUUUAAUCAUUUAUUGCUCCGUGUGAACACAAAAGUGGAAGCGUUGAAAAGCGUGUGGGCUCAUAUGCUUCUGCGACACGAUAUCCUAAGAACCUGCUUCAAGCCAACUUACGAUAAACGAUCUGCAUUUGCGCAGAUCGUACUGUCAGAAGCAGCUCUCCCGUGGUCUGAUGUUGAAACUUCAUCUCAUAAUUUCAACCAGGAUGUUGCGAAGACCAAGUCUGAGUUCGAGCACCAGUCACCAGUCAAUGGAAAGCUUCCUUACUCUUUAACUGCCUUUGCCGAUUCUGCCACCCACGAGACGCAUCUCCUUUUGUCAAUCCACCAUGCAUUGUACGAUGGAGAGGGUAUCUCAAACUUGUUACGCGAUAUCCAGCUUGUUCUGAACGGAGAUGAGCUUCCUACGCCAACACCAUUUGGUGCGUUUGUCAAGUACACGGCCUCCGUCAGCGCUGAUCAAUCCGACAAAUUUUGGGAUCGAUAUCUAGCUGGGGCUUCCCCAACUCUUUUAUCCAGUUCACAAAAACUACAAGAUUCAGAUCGCGCAUUCGCCUCAAGCCAAGUUCAUGUGAAUAUUAAAGAUUCUCUCACCUCGUUCAAACAAAAGUGCAAGCAGAUCUCUGUAACGCCUCUGAAUGUUUUCCAUGCGGCCUGGGCUAGACUGCUGUCAUUACAUUCCGACUCCUCCGAUGUCUGCUUUGGCAAUGUUUUCAGCUGUCGAACCGUUCUCCUGGAGGGAGUGGAGAGCAUAGUCGGCCCUUGUUUCAAUACACUUCCCAUGAGAGUCAAGCUACCAUCUACUGCAACAAACUCAGACAUCUUGAAACUUUCGCAGAAGAAUAACAGCCAUGUCCUGCCUCACCAGCUGUCUUCUUUGCGCCGAAUUCAAAGACGGGCUCUCAAUGGACACAGUCGGCUUUUUGAUACUCUAGUCAUCUUCCAGUCAAGUGAUAACGAACUAGACCCCCGUUGCUGGGAGCUUGUGGAGGACGAAGGAAAUAUGGGAUUCCCACUUAUUUGUGAAAUCAUUCCUCACGAAAACCGAGACAAUAUCUCUGUAUGUCUCCAUUUCCACACAUCAGUUCUAACACCUGCAACGGUGGAGCUUCUCUCGCAAGACUUUCUGGCUCUUAUUGAACAUACACUACAAUAUCCCUCUGCGCAAGCUUCCGACCGAGCAAUUGUUGGAGCCGGCUCCCCUCAGAUCUUUGAGUUAAAUGGCCCGUCGUUACCUGAAUCUGUCCAUCGUUCCAUAGCAGAUUCACAGAUAGCUCGUCCGUGGUCAUACCAGGAAGAAGCUCUUCGCGAUAUUAUCUGCAAAUUCUCAGCGGUCGAUGAAGAUACUGUGUCAUUACAUACUACGAUCUUCCAACUAGGACUAGACAGUAUUCAUGCAGUUCAGAUUGCAGGCCAACUUCGCAGUCUGGGCUUUGGAAUUUCAGCUGGUGAUAUUCUUGAGGCCGCUUCAAUUGACAAGAUUGCAUCGUUCCUCGAGUCCAAUGGGAAGGAGGACAAGAAUGUAGAAUUUGAUUUUUCUUCAUUCGAGGAUCAGCACCUUCAUUCUGUGUGUGAAAAUUAUGGCCUUGCAACCCAAACAGUGCAAGCGUUACGACCUUGUACACCUGUGCAGAAUGGAAUGUUGGCCCUUUUCACUCAUUCUCAUGGGAACACAUACUUCAAUCACAUGCGUUUGAAAUUCUCCAAGCCGCUAGAUCGGGCGCUGCUAAAAGAAGCUUGGAUCAAGGUAAUGGAUCAGCACGAUAUGCUUCGAACUGGCUUUAUUCAAUUAAGCAAUCAGCAAUAUCCUUUUGCCAUGAUCACAUACCAAAAAGGUCUUGAUAUUCCAUGGAAUGAAACUUCAAAAGCCUCAGCAGAUGUGCCAGCCACUCACGAACAAGCGGUUUUGAAGAAUCUCCACCAACCUCCAUGGCAAGUUAUCGUUGAAUCCUCUGACACUGUGGAUACAUUGCAUUUCUCUGGCCUCCAUGCCCUUUAUGAUGCUCAAUCAUUAGAGUCAAUAUUUUCUGAUGUGAUGGCGGUCUACGAAGGCAAGAAGCUCAUUAAGCCAAGUCCGAUUGAAGCAACACUUGGGCCGCUGUUGAUUGAGAGCCAGAAACAAAUGCAGUCCACACAAGAAUACUGGCAAGGACUUGCCACAGACAUGCACCCAUCCAAGUUUCCAGACAUGCAUCCUCUCCGCACAGAGAACCCCAAGCUUAUCAGUAGCUCUGUUCGGUCUUCAACGUCUCUUCAAGAUUUGGAGGCUCGCUGCCGAGACCUUGGUGUCACACUACAGGCCGCUGGACAAGCAGCAUGGACCCGACUACUCACCGCGUAUACGGGUGAACGGAAUGUCACAUUUGGCACUGUCCUUUCCGGACGUAAUCUGUCAGCAGCAGCACAACAUGCUGUAUUUCCAUGUCUAGUGACCCUCCCAUCCCCUCACAACAUGGAAGGAAGCAAUCUAGAAUUACUGCAACGCACUUUGAAAAGAAAUGCACCCUUGAUAAAGAAUCAGUUCACACCGCUGGCGCAAAUUCAACGCUGGCUAGGAAGUGAUGAGCCGCUUUUUGACACAUUAUUUGUCUACCAGAAGUUUACAAAUCAGUCAAAUGAGACGAAGCACUGGCAGAUCAUUGAUGAAGACACAAGGAUUGAUUACCCUGUGUCUAUUGAGCUGGUCCCCUCUUUGGCAGAUCUUGAGAUCCGAAUCAGCUACAGAAGCGAUAUCCUUCCGCAGGCCCAGGCACUCACACUCCUUGAUCAGUACGACAAGCUCCUGAAGCAUACUCUCUCCUCUCCAGAUUCAAGUGCAGAUGACUAUCUGUUUUUGGAGAAUAAAUUGCUUUCCAUUACUCCUGCCAAGGAGAAGACGUUGCCUUCCCCCGUCUCCCUGCUGCAUCAAUUUGUCGAAGAAAAUGCCGUUAAAAUACCAGGUAAAAUUGCAUUCGAAUUCGCAUAUGGUGCAGACUCGGACAGUCUUCAGAAGCACACUUGGUCCUAUCAACAAUUCAACGAGGAUGGCAAUCGAGUGGCGCAUUUCCUGCAAGCUAAAGGGGCAACCCCUAGAGGAUUGGUCGCGAUUUGCUUCGAUAAAUGCCCGGAAGCAUCAGUAGCCAUUUUGGGUAUUCUGAAGGCUGGCUGUGCUUACUUGGCCAUUGAUCCUUCUGCUCCUAUCUCCCGCAAGCAAUUCAUCAUGGAUGACUCCCAGUCCAAAAUUCUCCUCUGCAAUUUUGCAAGAAAAGCAGAGUUAGAGGGUCUUAAUAAUGUUAUAAUUGAAGCAAUGGACGAGCCCGACAAGUUGAAGGAGUUUUCGUAUGAAUCGCCGUUGCUUUCACGAGAGAUUCAGCCGGAUGACACCUGUUACUGCCUGUAUACCUCCGGCACCACCGGUACGCCAAAGGGCUGCGAAAUAACCCACGACAAUGCUGUGCAAGCGAUGCUAGCCUUCCAAAGACUUUUCUCACCGCACUGGGAUGAGGACUCUCGCUGGCUACAAUUUGCAUCCUUCCACUUUGACGUCAGUGUUCUCGAACAGUACUGGAGCUGGAGUGUUGGAAUUUGCGUCACCUCAUGUCCACGCGAUCUUCUAUUUGAAGAUCUACCUGGGACCAUUCAAAAGCUUCAAGUCACACACAUUGAUCUGACUCCUAGCUUGGCAAGACUGGUACACCCAAAUGAAGUCCCAUCCCUUACCCGGGGUGUUUUCAUCACAGGUGGUGAAGCAUUGAAACAGGAGAUCUUGGAUGACUGGGGGAAGCACGGAGUUAUCUACAACGGAUAUGGACCGACCGAAGUUACCAUUGGAUGUACCAUGCUUCCUCGAAUGCGUUCAAAUGAUAAGGCCUCCAACAUAGGUCCCCAAUUUGACAAUGUUGGCUCGUACGUUUUCCGUCCAGGGACAUCAACCCCAGUUUUACGUGGUGGUAUUGGUGAGCUUUGUGUAUCUGGUCCAUUGGUUGGAAAGGGGUACUUAAAUCGAGCCGAGUUGACAAAAGAGCGAUUUCAAUAUUUGCCUGAAUAUGAAGACCGCAUUUAUCGCACAGGUGAUUUGGUCAGGAUUUUAUUUGAUGGCAGCUUCCAAUUCCUUGGUCGAAUUGACGAUCAAGUCAAACUUCGAGGCCAACGCCUCGAAAUUGGAGAGAUCAAUGAAGUCAUCAAGCAGGCGACACCAGGCGUAAAUGAAGUGGCUACUUUGGUUGUCAAGCACCCAAAACAAUCCAAAGAUCAACUUGUCUCCUUUGUGACCAGGGUGAAUGAUUCCGACAAAAGAUCCAACGCCGUGGAAAUUCGGGCCUUUGCCGACGACGGUGCGACACUUUCAACAGUUAAGGCUGCCUGUCAUGCACAUCUCCCAGGGUAUAUGGUACCAACACAUAUUAUACCAUUAACUUCUGUCCCUCUGUCUGCGAACAAUAAAGCAGAUAUGAAGAUCUUGAAGAGUCUCUAUCAGGAGCUUUCUCUUGAGGAGAUUCAGAGCUUAACAGCGAUGACCACCAUUCAAGCUACGAAAACCGCACAAGAAGAAAAGCUUAUCGCCGUGUUAACAAAAUUCCUCGGUUCUACAGAAUUGGCCAUUUCAUCGUGGUCCAGCAUCUAUGAAUUGGGUCUCGAUUCUAUUUCUGUGAUCGCAUUUUCAAGAAGUCUCAGGGAAGCCGGAUUUUCUCAAGCUCAGCCUUCACUUAUAAUGAAAUAUCCCACCAUUGGCGCUAUGGCCUCAGCUCUGGAGGCAUCCACGGAAUCGUCCAAUUCACAGCGCAAACUCCACAGAAAUGCAAAGCGUGCUAUUCAGGCAUUUGCCCACAAGCAUUCUCAUUCUUUUAUUCAAUAUCUUGGGUUAACUGGUCCUGAGGUCCAGCACAUUGCACCUUGCACAGCUCUCCAAGAGGGCAUUAUCUACCACUUCCUGUCCAGCACCAAGCCCAUGUAUUGUUCUUCGUUUACUUUCGACCUUGAUUCCAACAUUGAUUUAGACAAGUUAAGAGCAAGCUGGGAACAGGCACAAAGCCAAAUUCAAAUGCUACGAGCGCGAUUCUUGUCCUCUCCAGAUGGAUAUGCCCAAGUCAUUCUGAAGCACGAUGCGCUUCCAUGGUUUCAAUCCAAGGUAAUUUCAGAGGGCGACAUCGAAAUUGUCCAAAAGGAAAAGCAACAACUAUGGAUUUUCAAGUUGAAUGACUUGUCCACGAAUCUUUGGGAAGUGGGAGUAAUAACCUCACCUGAGAAAUCGAUCAUGUGUCUCAACAUUUUCCAUGCUCUUUAUGACGGGAACAGCCUAGGUCUUCUUCUCAAUAUGGUCAAAGAUAUUUAUCACGGCCAUUCAAUGAUACCCGACAACAUUUCACACUUUUCAGAUAUGCUGCAUUUAGGACCACUCUGCAAAGAUCCUAAGGCAGAACUCUUUUGGAAAGACCACCUCGCAAACUGUCAGUUCAAGCCUCUGCCCGGUCUAGAAGAAAACCAAGGGACCUCUUUUGUUCAAAAAUCCAGAAUCAGUACUACAGAUACUUUGGAUCAUUUGAAAAAGUCGCUUGGUGUUAGUGAUCAGGCUAUUCUUCAUGCUUGCUGGCUCUUGACUCUCCAACGACAUUACAACUACGUACCAGCACUUGGUAUCAUUGUUUCUGGGCGGACAAUUGAUGUGCCUGGUAUUGAAGAAGUGGUUGGUCCUCUUUUCAACACACUCCCAAGCAACGUGCAGCUUCGUGGUCUCAAGUCAUGGGCAGAUGCUGCUCGACGAUGUCACGAAUACCAUGUUUCAACGAUGCAAUUCCAAUAUACCCCUCUUCGUGACAUUGUGAAGUGGCUUGGCAGAAAUCCGGAUGAACCACUCUUUGACUCACUGUUUGUCUUCCAGCGAGAGAAUGUGGACGAUGAUGAUGAGUCAACCAGUACAUUGUGGGAACCAAUCGACUCAGAGGCCGAACAUGAAUAUCCUUUGGCCUUUGAAGUCGUUCGACAUAAUACCAAAGGUCUCGCAUUGACCCUGGCUACUAAGGAUCAUGCGAUGUCCUCCCAGAUGGCCCAAGAAAUUCUCUCUAGUUUUGAACAAGUUCUGACAGAGUUCGCGAAAACCCCAGAGCAUGAAAUGCCGUAUCUCAAUGGAGUUAUGGAAGCAAGCCCCGGAGAAGAUAUUGGGGAACCAAAGGUCAAAGGAACUUCUCAUCAUCUUGAGAAUGGAUGUUCCUUUGAGUGGGGUCCAGAAGCUUGCACAAUCCGUGACGCUAUUGCAAGUCUUGCCGGAGUAGAUGGGGCUUCAGUCAGCGAAGAAACUUCAAUAUUUGAGGUGGGCCUUGACAGUAUUGAUGCGAUUAAAUUGUCAUCCAGGCUGAGCAAGCUGGGGGUCAAGGUCCCUGUGAGUGUUAUCAUGCGCAGCCGCAACAUAAAAUCCAUGGUUGGCAAUAUGGCUAUCUCAGACCAUCAUGAGCAAAACGGAGCAGCUUCAAUGCUCGGAGAACUGGAACAGGCUCUGACGGAGUCUCUUAAAAGAGAGAAUCUCAUGCCUGUCGAUGCCUGUCGAGUCCUACCAGCUACGCCAAUCCAAGAAGGCAUGAUCGCUGAAAUGCUUUCAUCUGGUUAUCAACAUUACUAUAAUCAAGAGGUUCUUAAGAUCGAACCACACGUCAAUCUCAAAGAACUCCAAGGCGCGUGGAUUGCCGUGGUCAAAGCUCACCCUAUUCUUCGAACCUCUUUUGUCGAAGUUUCGGAUCCGCAGAUUGUUGCUUCUUAUGCUCAGGUCAUUCACGAUGAGAACGCCUUUGAUUUCCAAACUUUGCAUCUCGAUGCAACUAUCAUGAGCUCUGUAAUUGAGAGGCAGCGCGGCAGGGCCUCUACUGAGCUCAAGGGUCGCCCACUACUAACCGUCACAAUUUGUGUGGAUGGGAAUGACCGCUACCUCAUUCUCUCCAUUUCUCAUGCCCUUUAUGAUGGCUGGUCAAUCAAUCUUUUGCAUGAGGAUGUGGCAAGAUCUUACAACGGAGAAGCUUGUACUCGCCCAUCAUCUGAUAUCAUUUUAGAACAGAUUCUCGCCUCCUCGGGUGAACAGGCUGUCAAUUUCUGGAGGACGUCUUUAUCAAACCUCACCCCAGCAGCUUUUCCACCUGGGCCUCACUCACAGACAGAUUCAGACGAGGUCCAUCGUGCGGAAGCUGCCCUCUCAGUAUCGUUCAAGGAAGCAGAUGCCUUUUGCAAGCGACAUGAUGUCACCAUGCAGGCGCUUAUGGUCGCUUGCUGGUCUCUUGUUCUAGCUACACAUGUCAAAGAACUGGAUGUUGUCUUUGGGCUUGUAUUUUCAGGCCGCAACGUAGCGGAAUCUAACAAUAUAAUGUUCCCGACAAUGAAUACUGUGGCUAUGCGCGUUAUUUUGCAUGGUACUCGCUUGGAUCUAGUGAAGUAUGUUCAGGAAAUAAUACUGGAGACGUCAGAGUACCAGCACUUUCCCCUGCGGCGAGCCAGACCCGACAAUAGCUCACGCCCGUUAUUUGACACUCUAUUCAUCUACCAGAAACGACCUUCCGAGGCUGGACGAAAUGCGCAGAAUCUUUACAAUUCCACUGGUGAUGGUGCAGCGGAUGUUGAGUAUCCAGUUUGCGCUGAGAUCGAGGGUGUAGGAGAAGAUCUCAUCGGUCGCGUGGCAUGUCGUGCAAGCGUACUUGGAAAAGAUGAUACAAUGGAACUACUAGGGCACAUCGCACAUGUCCUGACUUCAAUUAUCGAUGAUUCAUCUCGAGAGACCAUCGGUUUUACUGAUGAUCAUAUGAGUAUAUGUGGUCGGCCGGUCUCUAGAGAUUCGUCUAGUCAAGGGACGGACUCGAUUGAGCUGCGCUCCAGGUCUAGCUCGACAAAUUGGUCGCCGAUGGAGUCAAAUAUUCGCAGUGUGCUUUCCGUUGUGUCUGGAGUGCCUGAGAAUAUGAUUGAUCAGGCAUCGAAUAUCUUUGAGCUAGGCUUAGACAGCAUCAGUGCCAUCAAAGUCGCGGCGCUUCUGAAGAAGCAGUCCAUAAAGCUGACUGUCAGCGAUAUGCUCAAAGCGGGCAGCAUUACAAACAUGGCGAAGGUAAUGGACACUCAUCAUGUGGAUCUCACACAGAAAGAAGUAACCAGCGCUUUACAACAAUCUAUUAGUGGUAUUCAAGUCAACUCGCUCCUUGAAUCCCAUGGCGUUGACACAGAGCACAUUCAAAUGGUGAUGCCUACAACCGCUGGACAAACUUACUUCCUGGCAAUGCACUCUCUGAACCCGGAGGUCUUCUAUCCGCAGUUCUUCUACUUUUCCUCGAAGCAGCUGAGUCGAGACAUUCUCAACGAUGCUUGGUCUUUGCUCACAGACCAGACACCUAUCCUCCGCACGGCCUUUAUUCCUACUGAUAGCCUUCGACUGCCGUAUAUCCAAGCUGUGUUCGACACUGUUCAUAAUCCUGUUUGCUGGCAUGAAGACCUUGAUACUCAGGCUACGGCCGCAAAUAUUGAGCGCAAAUUUGGUUCGGUACCGGUCGAGCUGCAUGCUUGUCAAACCAACAGAGGGACGGCGCUUACCUUGAAAAUUCACCACGCUCUCUAUGAUGCGAUAAGUCUCCCGGCUAUGAUGGAUGAAUUCUCCCAAAUCUGCAACAAGGAACAGUUCGAAUUGAAGUAUAGACCUCGCGACAUCUCACAGCUCGUGGCUAUCCAGCAUGUUCGUUCGCCUGAGAAUGUUCGGCGGCAAUUCUGGCAAACAUAUCUGGGCGAAACUGCAACUCGAGAAUUCGAGAAACAACCCGUGGGGGAAUUUGGCGCUAUUCAACAACACUAUCGGCCAGGGCUUGUUUCAAAUAUGUCUCGAGCCGAGACGGCCGCUAAGCUGCAAGGUCUUAGUAUCCAAUCCAUUUUCCUAGCUAUGUAUUCUCGCGUCCAUGUCCAAACUUUUGGAAAUGCCGAAGAACUUGUGAUCGGUCUGUAUCUUGCGAAUCGAUCGUACGUCACGGAAGGGCUGUCUGAACUCGUUGCUCCUACGGUUAACAUUGUUCCACUGCGCCUCGACAACAAUAUUUCCGGCGAUCGGGGGUCGCUUUUCGCCGCUGCUAGAAAAAUCCAGGAUGAUAUCAAUCUGAUCAACACUAUUGAGCAUGCUGGGAUUUCCCUUGUGGAAAUCGCCGAAUGGACAGGGGUACGCAUCAACACCUGUAUCAACUUCCUGCGACUGCCAGAGAUGGAAAACCCCAUCGACACAGGCGCACCUCAAGUGGCGUUCCGAGCUAUGCAACAGGAGGAGCUCGAGAAUUUGAAUGGAUCUAAGCUUUCCAAAAUCGCCCCGUCCCUGACUCAUGGUGACACUGCAGUCCUGUCCAGCGAUACGCAUGUAAUCCGGGCGGCUGCUUCAACGGCGGCUAUGAAGAAUGUUUUCUGGCCCACGAUCGAUGUGGAGGCGGCCAUCCGAAAAGAUCGAUUGGAUUUUGGACUCUUCGGCCCCAAUGCUCGACUUGACCAUGAUACUGCUUCGCAGAUGAUUGCAAACAUGCAACAAGAGAUGGGGGUCCUACUGGAUUCUCUAUUAUGA